GAGAGAUCGAGAGACCCAGCAGCCCUGUUCCACUCAGUGAUCUCUUAUUGGUGUGCUAGUUUAAAAGGAGCUGGCAUCUUUUUUCUGGCUUAUUAGUGCUCAAAUAUCCUCUCUGCUCAGAUGUACAUAUGUGAAAUGCAGCUUUACUGGAUAUCAGCAUGUGGGAUGUUACUUUGAGAACAGCUGGUUGAUGGGCUUUGCGGUCCGAAACGGUGGAAGUCCCAAACCAGGCAGUGAUGCAGCUGCUCAGGAUGCUCUCAAUAGUCCCUCUAUAGAAUGUAGUGAGGAUGGGGGUUGGGAGAUGUGCUUUCCUCAGCCUUCGAAGAAAGUAGAGACGCUGCUGGGCUUUCUUGGUGAUAGAGCUGGUGUUGAGGGACCAGGGACAGGUUGUUGGCUCUACACCAGUCCGUUAGCCGCUGCACCUCCUCUCUGUAUGCUGACUCGUCGUUCUUGCUGACGAGACCCACCACGGUCGUGUCAUCGGCGAACUUGAUGAUGUGGUUAGAGCUGUGCAUUGCUGCACAGUCGUGAGUCAGCAGAGUGAACAGCAGUGGACUGAGCACACACCCCUGGGGGGCCCCAGUGCUCAGUGUGGUGGUGGUGGUGGAGAUGCUGUUUCUGAUCCGGACUGACUGAGGUCUCCCAGUCAGGAAGUCCAGGAUCCAGUUGCAGAGGGAGGUGUCCAGGCCCAGCAGGUUCCUGGCUGAAAGUGUGUGGGAGGUCUUUGAUAGAGUGUUAGGAUGGCCGCUGAAGCUUCUACCCUUCCCAGUCCCGUGGUGCGUCAAAUCGACAAACAGUUCCUGAUUUGCAGCAUCUGUCUGGAUCGCUACAACAAUCCCAAGGUUCUCCCUUGCCUCCACACCUUUUGUGAAAGGUGUCUGCAGAACUACAUCCCCGCCCACAGUCUGACGCUAUCUUGCCCCGUGUGCCGUCGGACCUCCAUUCUGCCAGAGAAGGGUGUGGCGGCACUUCAGAGCAACUUCUUCAUCACCAACCUGAUGGAGGUGCUAAAGAAAAGCCCAGACACUAAUCUCGGUGAGGACUGCACAGAUACUAUCAACAGAGUGGCCACUGGACAACCACUGUCCUGUCCCAAUCACGGAGGCAACGUCAUGGAGUUCUACUGUCCGCCGUGUGAGACAGCCAUGUGUGAGGAGUGCACCUGCGGCGAACACGCAGAGCAUGCCACUGUCCCGCUCAAGGAUGUUCUAGAACAACACAAAGCCUCGCUGCGGGAACAGAUUGAUGCCGUCAAAAAUAGAUUGCCAGAAAUUGAUUCAGCACUGCAGGUUCUGUCUGGGAUUCUGCAGCAGCUGACCAAUCAGAAGAGUUCGAUUGAAAAAGCCAUUCAUGAUACUUUUGAGGAACUUCAGAAGACCCUCAAUGUACGCAAGAGUGUUCUGCUGAUGGAGCUGGAAGUCAACUAUGGACUCAAACAGAAGGUGUUGCAGGUACAGUUGGAUUCGUUGCUUCAGGGACAGGAGGGCAUUCGCAACAGCUGCAGUUUUACUGACCAGGCUCUUAGUCAUGGCUCUGAAGCUGAGGUCCUUUUGGUCAAGAAGCAGAUGAGCGAGCGUCUUGAUGAGCUGGCCAAUCAGGAGCUCCCACUGCGGCCAGAGGAGAACAACCAGCUGGACUUCUUGGUGGAGACUGAGGGUCUUCGCAAAUCCAUCCACAAUCUAGGUGCUAUAAUAACCACCAAUGCUGUUGCUGCAGAAACGGUUGCCACUGGUGAAGGUCUGAGGCACUGCAUCAUUGGGCAGCCUACCUCUGUUACCAUAACAACAAAAGACAAAAACGGUGGACUGUGUCGGACAGGAAACGCUCUGCUCACAUCGGAGCUUUCUGCCACUGAUGGCACCACAGUAGGGAAUGGUGAAGUCACUGAUCAUAAAAACGGCACUUAUGAGUUUGUGUACACAGUACCGUGUGAGGGCCGCUUCACGCUCUCACUGAAGCUCUACGAUCAGCACAUUAGAGGCAGUCCAUUCAGCAUACGUGCCAACAAACCAACAGACAUCUCUCUGACCACAGAUGGAAGCAAGAAAUGUCUAAAGUCUCCAGGAAGCAGCCUUGUGAAACAGCGUGCCAUCAAGCGGCCUGCCAGCAUGUACAGCACGGGCAAACGGAAAGAAAACCCAAUUGAAGAUGACCUCAUGUUUCGAAUCGGAACAAAAGGUCGAAAUAAGGGUGAGUUCACCAAUCUGCAGGGAGUGGCUGCUUCACCUGUUGGCAAAGUCCUAAUAGCAGAUAGUAACAAUCAGUGUGUCCAGAUAUUUUCAAAUGAUGGACAAUUUAAGAGUCGCUUUGGAAUGAGAGGCAGAUCACCAGGGCAACUUCAACGGCCAACUGGUGUUGCUGUGCACCCCAAUGGUGACGUAAUCAUUGCCGACUAUGAAAACAAAUGGAUCAGCAUUUUCUCCAGUGAUGGCAAGUUUAAGAGUAAAAUUGGAUCCGGGAAGAUAAUGGGUCCUAAAGGUGUAUCAGUUGACAGAAACGGACACAUCAUUGUGGUUGAUAAUAAAGCUUGCUGCGUCCUCAUUUUCCAGCCAAAUGGAAAACUUGUCUCCAAAUUUGGCAGCCGAGGAAACGGUGACAAGCAAUUUGCAGGUCCCCACUUUGCAGCAGUGAAUCAAAAUAAUGAAAUCAUUGUGACCGAUUUCCACAAUCAUUCUGUGAAGGUGUUCAGUCCAGAGGGGGAGUUCAUCCUCAAGUUUGGGUCGAACGGUGAAGGAAAUGGGCAGUUCAAUGCGCCCACAGGUGUGGCAGUGGACGUCAAUGGCAAUAUCAUAGUGGCAGACUGGGGCAACAGCCGUAUACAGGUGUUUGACAGCAGUGGAUCCUUCCUGUCCUACAUCAACACAUCCGCAGACCCUCUGUAUGGCCCGCAAGGACUGGCUCUCACCUCUGAUGGCCACGUUGUGGUGGCAGACUCCGGGAACCAUUGUUUUAAAGUGUACCGUUAUUUGCAAUAGCACUUUCAUCUCUACAAUUGUAAAAUUGCACUUCUUUCUUAAAGCUGCCACCCUUGUGUCAAAUGGGACCCUCACAUUGCAUUGUAGACAUGUUGUGGCCUCAUUCACGAUACCCUCGCCAUGGAGAAAGGAACAGACCGAAGAAAAAGAAAAGAAUCGUACGUUUGCAAACCUAGACAUUUCAAUGCUCAUUGGCUUUAUGGUGAAAACACUAUAUGUUAUAUAUUAAGCCAUAUUAAGUUAUAAUUUCACCACUCGGCUGAUUAAAAAAGGGACUCUUUGGCAUGAAGGUGUUGGCAUGCACUGUAAAUGAAUGUAAGUUAUGCAACUGCAAAUUAAUAUUGAGUUUUGUUUUGCACAACAGCGCAUACUGUACUGACAUGUGACUAAACAGACCAAAAACAGGCUGAAAGAUUCACAAUGUUGGCCAGAGCUAUGUUCAAAAGAGAUGUCAGGCCUAUACACUUUUAUUACAAAAUAAAAAAGCCACAAUAGAUGUGCUUCUCCAUUCACAGCUGUGGUUGAUUUAAUGUUACAUAUCAUACAUGUAUGUGUCUGUAAACACUUUAAAACAUAUGCAACAAGAAACAAAGCACUUGAUGUGUUGUAAGAUUUGUGAACGAGAAGACAUUUUUGUGACUUGUUGAAUAACACUGCACUGUUCUAUUGUUUAUUUAUAGACGAAACAAUGUAUUUAAAAAGGCUAAUUGCUGUACCUAUAAAAGUUUGCUUGUAUUAUUCAAAGAGGUGACGGUCAUUAACCAAUAUAAUGUGUCAUACUGUUAAUAAGUUACAUUCACCAGAUUAUGCAACACACGGGUCUUAUGCAACGGGGAACUUUGUGACACACAAGCAAGUGAUGAAACUGAAUGACCAAUGAAGACAAACUUGCCUGAUGUAUUAAAUGGUUCCUGUUUCCAUUUGAUCAGAACACGUGCAUUCAUUAUUGAUCAUGUGUUUGAAAAUGGUUGUUUUGUGUUGUUGACAAAUGAUAUGAUCUUAUUAUUAAAAAGUAAAUGAAAAAAAUGGAAAAAAGUGUCUGUAAUUAGAUAAUAACUUUUUCUUUUUUUUUAAGUGUAAUUUUUAGUAGGCUAAAUCAUCCAUGUUGUAUGUGUCUGUUCUCAUGUACAGUCUAUAAACGUCUUGGCAUGUACGGGGAGUUUCCAGCUAGGACAGCAUGUCUGCGCUAAAAUACAAAAUUGACAAUUACAUACGUUGUAUUCCAACAUGUAAGUCUCUCCAGAAUACCUACAAAGCUGCUUUUGUAGCAAUAAAGCAAUAAUUUUACUUCUCAUUAUAACAAAUCAAUGAUGCUUUCACUUGCCCGACACACAACUGUACAAAUGAAUGCCAAAAUGCUAGUGUCACGUGUUUUAUUCCAUAUGGAACAUGGAUAAGUAAUAAUAUAUAUAUAUAUAUAUAUAUAUAUAUAUAUAAUAGAUAUUCUGGAAAGUCUUCUAUAGUGUAGAUAAAAGCUGAACUUGACCUACAUAUGAAGUUUAUGUACAUUUAUUAUUAUUAAUGCAAAUAAAAAA